CACUGCUUUACACCUUGUUAUUAACAUUUUUAAAUCAUCGGGAACAGUUUGGUGUGGAAAAAUGUUUGCUCUUGUGCUGAAUAUUCUAUUUAUUUGUUCUUUCAUUCAAUCGAAUGUUGAGGCGAAUUCCCAGCAAGAACUACAGAAGCAGUAUAUGAAUGCCCUGAGAGAAUGUUCCCAAGAAUAUACCCUUUCACCUGAGGAUUUAGAAGAGCUGAAGAAUUCUAAGAUGCCCGACAGUGAGAAGGUUAAGUGUUACUUCGCUUGCGCCUAUAAGAGGGCUGGUAUGAUGGAUGGAGAAGGUAAAUUUUGGGGCGAUAAUGUGAGGAAGAUGUCUUUACAGCAAUAUGGGAAUGACGAGAGUGUUGUUCAGAAGAUUAACCACUUUGUUGACGCCUGCAAUAAGGUGAAUGAAGUCCCAGUUAAUGACGGAGAAAAGGGCUGCGAACGCGCAGCUCUUAUGUUCAAGUGCAGCAAUGAGCAUGCUUCCGAACUUGGAUUUAUCUAAGAACAACAGACAAAAUAUUUCAAUUUGUUGAUAUUGUUGCCUGUACGGAUAAUUUCACGAAAUAAAAUCAUUCGCCAAUUAUGUGUAAUAAUGAA